AUGUUAAUAUUGAUAGAAAAGGUAUUAAGUCAGGAUUCAUGCCAUCUAUCACCAACUAAACCAAAAACAAUUAUUGGGUAUUAUCCGGCUUAUAGUCCUAAUAAUUUAAAACCGGGGAUAGAUUUUGAUAUCAAUCUAUCAAUUAAUCACUUAAACUAUAUUGCAUUUGGUCCAAAUGAUCUUGUCAAUAAUGGCAACAAUACGAAUCCUGGUGGAGACCCAUAUGCAAUUAUGAGCCGUCAAAGUCAAUUUUCCAAACUUAAUGAUCUGAAAAAUUAUAAGACUAAGAACAAUCUAAACUUUACAAUUAUUCUAUCAGUCCUGUUACCAACUGAUGCGAGUAAUUUAACUCAACUCCUCUAUGUAGGGUCAGGACCAAAUUCAUCAGUGUCAUCAGGAGGAACGGCUUUGAUGGA